AUGGUGGGUGGCCUCUUGUAUCUCACUCAUAUGCGACCCGAUCUCACAUUCGCAGUUAGCUUGGUUUCUCGUUACAUGCAAAGCCCAACCAAGCAUCAUAUGGGAUCUGUGAAACGAAUAUUUCAUUAUGUAUCUAGUAUAGUCAAUAAGGGUAUUAGAUAUAAAUAUGUCAAGAACUUUGAAUUAAAGGGAUAUGUGGACAGUGACUGGGAAGGAUGCGUUGAUGACCGCCAGAGCACCACCAAUUGGGUCUUCGACUUGGGCUCUGGCGCGAUCGUCUGGAGUUCCAAAAAGCAAGAAGUCAUAGCACUCUCCAGCACAAAAGCAAAGUAUGUGGACAUGACUUCAGCUGCGUGUCAAGCCGUUUGGAUGAGACGCUUGUUGGUCGACUUGGGUGUUCAACAAUAA